AUGAAGAUCGUCUUUCUGCUUCUGCUCCUCAUCGCCUUGGGAGUGCAUGGUGGAGGGAUCACGGGACCUGGUGGAUGUACCGACCGUAAGUAUUUAUAUUCCUAUAUUUCUCAUUUUUAAUUUUUCCAACGAGUAACUCUGGGGUUUUUUUCCUUGAAGCGUUUCCCCCUCCUCGGUUGAAUUUUUUUCCUAGUGAGUGAAAAAGUUUUUAAACUUCAGCAAUACCGUUGUUUCAACUGCCUGGCUUCGACUUCCCCAAAAUCUUCCAGAAAAGUUUCGGUGAGUUUUAAUUUAGAAAAAGUCCAAAUAAGGCCUAUAAGGCAAAAUUUUUUGUGAAGUUCAUUUUUCUUGAAAACCACAAGCCACACAAAAUUCGAAAAAUCCAGCUUCUGACAUGAAAUUUUACCCAAAAAAGUUUUUAUCAGCAAAAAAUGAAAAAGUUCAAAUUUCAGCCGGCGACGCUAACGAAGGCCAGAACGACCCGAACUUCUAUGGUAAAAAUCAUUUUUCGACUUUUUUUCGACUUAAAAAAAUUAGUUUCUAAUCUCAAUUUUCUUUCAAAAAAACAUAGAAAAAAAUCUAUUUUUUUCGAAAUUCCAGGCGGCACCAACGAAGCCCCGGUCCCAGGAAGCUUCUUUGGUUAGGAAAUCUUGCAAUUUCCAAGACAAAAAAAUUAUUUUCAGACGUUCUGAACAAGUUCAAUAAGCUAUUUGGACCCGUUCCCGGAGCUGAAGGAUUUGCCGAAUAA